CCACCGGAGGUGGGGGGGAGGGGCGCGCAUCCAAAGAGGCGGUGGGGGUGGGAAGAGACUUGGCAAUUUUCCCAAGAUGCAACGGGGCUGAUGCUCCCCCUGUAGUCGUCCUUCGCCGCCGCCUCCUCCAUCUCUUGACACGCUCCUGGGGUACAACAAUGGAUCUUGUCCUGAAUUAUGCAGACAGCUCCAUAUUGACGCCAUAUAUUUAUCCAGCAACAUGGCCUGAAGAUCACCCUUUUCGGCAGAUUAUUAGCCUCUUUGUUAUAACAAACUUGGGUGCUCUUAUCCUUUAUUUGCUGUUUGGGAGUCUCAGCUACUACUUCAUAUUUGAUCACUCACUAAAGGAACACCCCCAAUUUUUAGAGAAUCAAGUACAACGUGAGAUAAAAUACGCUCUCAAUUCAUUGCCGUGGAUCAGCGUGCCCACUGUUGCUAUUUUCUUUGCUGAAGUCAGAGGCUACAGCAAGCUUUAUGACAACAUUGAAGACUCACCUUUUGGCUGGUUUGGUGUUAUCCUCAGCAUGCUGUCUUUCCUCUUCUUCACUGAUAUGUGCAUUUACUGGAUUCAUCGAUUUCUCCACCACAAAGUCUUCUAUAAGCGUUUACACAAGCCUCAUCACUUAUGGAAGAUUGCAACUCCAUUCGCAAGCCAUGCUUUCCACCCUGUAGAUGGCUUCCUUCAAAGCAUCCCUUAUCACAUCUACCCGUUCCUUUUCCCUCUGCACAAGGUGACCUACUUGGGCCUUUAUAUUUUCGUUAACGUCUGGACAAUCUCAAUUCAUGAUGGGGACUACCGUGUUCCUCACGUGUUGAAGGAGAUCAUCAAUGGGUCUGCCCAUCACACCGACCACCACUUAUACUUCGAUUACAACUACGGCCAGUACUUCACGCUCUGGGAUAGAAUUGGGGGUUCAUACAAAAACCCUUCGUCUUUUGAAGGAAAGGGCCCCCACGAUCUUCUGAAAAAGCUGAAAGAGAGCAAAUUGAACAGUUUGAGAAAUGGCCAUGGGGAUGAGGACAUGCUAGGAGACAGCCUUAAAAAUAAAUAGGUUGCUUUCUAUCCUGGGUUUUAAAGCCUGGUGUAUAAUCUUUGUAAAGAACUAUGUAAGAUUAGGGCACCCUCUCCUGUAACACCAUUGGAAGCCAGGCAGUGUAGACACGUGUGGAAUCUUGUUGAUGGAAUUCUGACAUUGGGAACUGAGCUGUUCUGUAAUGAGUGCUGGUCUUGGUGAGCCGAAAGAAACAAGAUCUAGUUCCACAGCAAUGCCUUUAACGUUGAUACAGUAAUGGAGAAAGUGGCCUUGAUGCUAGUGAUGGCUCAUUAAUUCGGGAAUCUUCCCUUUUCUUGCAUGAUACGUAAAUCCAACGUGUGACUUCUGCUGUUGUCAUUGAAAUGAGACUAGAAGCCCUUUGCUUCUUGGCGUGAAGCUAACACUGCAACUCUUGAGCCCAGAUCAACAAGAUGCUGCAAGUCAGUGCCAUGUAGUUAAGACAUGAUACCUGCCUUUGCAACUGCAUUCACUAGAAUGAAAAUGGACACUUAGUAGAAGGAAGGAACUCGGCAUGUUAAUUGUUCAUUCUGCAAGUGAAAGCCGACAUCAAACAUACAAUAUACCUGUCAUUUUCUAGCAGGUGGUGCAUGCAUUUUCCACAUGCACCAAUCUGUCAAGGCAAUAAGAUAAUGAGGAACAGUUUCACAUGAAGCAUAGACAUGUCCAUAUUUGUUUUGUAGGUUGUUUAACAACCCCCCCCCCUAAAUUUUUGUGGCUUUUAUUGUGUUGCAAUGUUCUCUCUGAAUUGCCAAGUGCUUAUGUGCUGGUAGCUUACCCAGCUUCUGCUACCAUUGAUGUUGCAGGAUAGACCCUUGCUGGGUAGUUUGAUGUCCCUCAGUCAAAAGCAUCACAAAAGAAAUGAAGAAGCGCAGUCCAGAAACUUGGCUUAUUUUCAAGAUGCCUUUUACUAUGCUUUUAGAAAUACUAUGGCUUGCAUUUUGCAGUGAGUUGCACUGGAGGGCAUUAUAACCUUGCUUUUCCAUAAAAUAUUUGGCUGCGUUAUAGGCUGUCAGUGCCUUUAGCUUCAGAUGAAGAAUGACCAAUUAUUCUGAAGCUUGUGAAAAUCAGGGGGUUUAGGAGUGGAGGGGGAAACUGUGUUGCUGGGUGAAAUUCCCCCCUUUCAAGGAAUUAAAAUAAACUGAACCCUCUUGUGUAGCUAGCUUCUCUUUUAAGCCUUCUAAUAUUUCACAGAUUUUUGCCAGCAUUUUUAGACUGUACAGUAUUGCUUUACACACACACACACACACCACAAAAUUCUGCCACUCAGUUCAUUUUUGUGGGGCUUGCACAGGGAAAUUCAGUUGGUGGGCUGAGCCCAGCAGAUAGUCUAAGGUGUCUCCUUGGCACUCUCUCUCUCUUUUUAAAAAAAUUGCUGCUUGUUUCCUUUUACAUGUGCAUUUUGAAGUCUAAACACAGAAGAAAUGGUUUCAGCAGACAUUCACCAUGCUACAUUUUACUGCUUUGAUAAAUUUAUAGAUUACUGAAGAUUGUACAAAAAAGUUCUGUUUUAUGAUAUUUUGAAGGAUGUUAGUUUUUAUUCUUUUCAACCAGGUUGUGAAACUGCCCAUAAAAUGCUUUCAGGAGAUCAAAGCAUGAAUACUGUUGUGUUGUGUUAUAUUAAGUUAAAUGUAGGCUUACAAAAUUGCCUUCAGUGAAUAAGAAAAAAAUGCUUGUGAAUGUGAGCUUUCUGAAACUGCAGAGGGUGGUAGGGUAUGUGGUUAACAGAAGUAAGGUUGAUUGCCUUGCACCCAGAACUAGGGAAUGCAGCAAAAAAUAACUUGAGGACUAAAGGUCAAAUGUUUCUUCUAUACAGAACAAGGCAGAGUUACUGCUCCCCUCACCAUAUUCAGACCCUGAUCCCACCUAUUUAUAUAGGUGUCAUUGACUAAUGCAAUAUGUUUAUUUGAAACUUUGUUUGGGUUGCCCUUCCAAAGCUUAAGUGAAUUGAAACCUAAGGAUUCCUCUAUAUGAGGUGCAUACCCUCUGUCUGGGGAAAUUGGGCUCUAUGAUGAUGACUUCUACAUGGCCACGUUCAUAUCUUGCACCAGAGGCAUUUGGUGGUAUAUACAGACUAGGAUCAACUCAAGUUUGUUUUUAAAGCUACUAGCCUUUAUCAUGGGCAGUUCCUGAAGAGUUGAAGAGGAGUUCCUUUACCCUUCAGCAUCCAACUUGCUGUGAAGGAUGACAAAGGGGAAAGUCUGCCGGGAACCUGAAUUUGGAGUUUUUAUGCAGAACGCCACAACCUCCCUUCUCUGCACUUUCACUUAAUUGCUGCUGCUUGAAGAAUCAUGGAUAAUUCUCCCUUGCCAAAGGAACUGGGAUCCUUGUGUUUUUCCUUAAUAUGCUUAUAUGUAUUCUGCAAGAACUGCAAAAGGUUGUUUUUGCACACCCAUUGGUAGUGGAGUAGGGCUCCUCAAAAGCUGGGCACUAGAGAGGCAGCUGCUGAAGAUAACAGACAUCCUUGGAGGACCGCUGGUUGAUAUCUGUUGCUGUGUUGCUAAACCAACAGAUAUCUGUUGCUGUCAGAGAGGGUCAGCUGGUUGUGAUUCGGGGCAAGGAGGCAACUAUUGGGAGGAGAGCAGCAAGAGGAACUUUCUCACUGUAUCUAGUAACCCCUUGGUAAUCUUCACAGCUACCUGCUGCUCCCUCCUGGUCAUGUUAGAAGAUCAUAGGUUUUUGAAAGGCUUCUCCCCCACAGUUCACAGUGACUAGGAGCAAGUCAAACUUUCAGCCCAUUACUUAUUGAACUUUGGAGUUGCGUAGCAAAAAAGGCGAAGAGGACAUAGAAGGGUUUUGCAUGUCAUUGUUAAUAAAAGGUGACGAUGGUUUCUAAAUGUGAAAUGGAAUUGUUUACCUGUUUGUUCACGCUAAUGUUUCCUGGCAAUUAAAAUGUUAUGUACUUAAAGCUGCUUUUGAGUUUAAGGAGUAAAUGAUAGAGGAUCUGUUAUGGAAGGGAAGAGCGCAGAUGUAGCUGAUGCCUAACUCUCUUUCCCUCCUGACAUCUGCCAAGUAGAAUGACUGGUUAUGGGGAUUUUGUGGGAACCAUCCACUCUAGCACAAUCCAAUGCAAAAGUAGAAGUUAAAAUGCAUAUCUUGGGCCUGGAUGUACAUCUAGUUGAUGGGGUGCAAUCAUUUCCUACAAGGUAAUGGAUGUCUUGAUUUAGUAUAGCAGCUUAAAAGAUGCAGGUUGGACACGAGGGGGAGCACUUGAGUCUAAGCAGAAAUGGAAUAGCUUUCAAGACAAACUAGAGGCUGUCGGCUUACUCAGAGGCAAGAGAAAGAAAGCAAAAUAUAUGCAAUGCUAAAAGCUCAUAGUGUUCUUUAAAUGGUCAGAUUAAAUGAAACUGGAGAGCCACUGCUGGUCAGUGUGCAAGAAGUAAGUUAGGUAGACCAAUGGCCUGGAGCUUUUUGAAAUGGCAACUUUACCGUGACUUUACUUUGAGAGGAUGGAUCUGUUCACACACUGGCCAGAUUUAUCCCAAAGUCCUUGCGAUAUUUCAGACCCGAUUUGCAUUUUACACAUGAUUCGAGUCGUGUAACACAACGCAAUUUGAGUUGCAUACAUACGAUUCACAUUUUAUCCAUAUUAGAACCUCACCCAAUUUAUGUCUGGGGUGGGAAAAUCCUUCUUUUGCGACUGAGUAUCCAUCUUAUGCAGUACUCACAGUAAAGCCUUGCAGUAAACCCAUGGUAAAGCUUGCUGUCUGAAAAAGCUCCUGGCAUGAUACACAGUUUCGUAUGCUCCAGUGUCUGGGAUUCAUUCUGCAGAGCACUAAUGACCUCUUGAGACGGACAAUAUGGUCAAGUUUGGAUGACAACUUAUCUCCCCAUUGUGGCUGUCCAACUGGCACUUCCUUGAAAUAGUUUUUUAAAUAAAUAAAUAAAUAAAUUGUACCUGGUUGUAAUUACUAUAGCUGUGCAUAUGCAGGCAUCGAAGUGGCCACACUAAUUGCCCUGUAACUGAAUUAAAGUGACAUUUGCAAUAUCA